CUGCCUGUAGCGGGUAGCGCUAGCUGAGCUGUAGCUGGGAGUAGAAGACCUAAACUCCUGCUAGCUGAUGAAAACAUGCCUCAUUUUACUGUUGUACCGGUGGAGGAUAAUGCUCAGUCAAACUAUGACAGCCUAGAAGGAAUCAAUUGGGUGGACUACAGAGAUACAGGGCAAGGUUAUCCUGGACAUACUGAUACAGUGAGCUCUGAUGGUCAUGGGAAUCAUAAAGAAGACAGCCCCUUUCUCAACAAUGCUGAUACCGCUACAAAGAAAAAUGACUUCUACGACAGGAAUCUGGCUCUUUUUGAGGAGGAACUGGACAUCCGGCCCAAAGUGUCCUCUCUUCUCAGCCGGCUGGUCAACUACACGAACAUCACUCAGGGGGCCAAAGAGCACGAGGAGGCUGAAAGCGCAGAGGCGUCCAAGAAGAAGAUACCAAAGUCCCCCAGCAUGGGCACCCUGAUGGGUGUCUACCUGCCUUGUCUACAGAACAUCUUUGGCGUCAUCCUCUUCCUGCGUCUCACCUGGAUUGUGGGCACCGCCGGCAUUGUCCAGUCCUUUCUCAUCGUGCUCAUGUGCUGCUCCUGUACGAUGCUUACAGCCAUAUCUAUGAGUGCUAUCGCCACAAAUGGUGUUGUCCCUGCUGGAGGAGCAUACUUUAUGAUCUCACGCUCUCUGGGCCCAGAGUUUGGGGGAGCUGUGGGACUUUGUUUUUACCUUGGGACCACCUUCGCAGGAGCUAUGUACAUUCUUGGUGCCAUUGAAAUAUUACUGAAAUACAUCAUACCCCAGGCAGCCAUUUUCCACCCCUCUGGUCUGAAUGGAGGUGAUGGUGCCAUGCUGAACAACAUGAGGGUGUACGGCACCAUCUUCCUAAGUCUCAUGGCAUUGGUGGUCUUCGUUGGAGUCAAAUAUGUCAACAAAUUUGCCUCCCUCUUCCUUGCCUGUGUCAUUAUAUCUAUUGUGUCCAUAUAUGCUGGGGCCUUGAAAUCCAUCUUCCAUCCACCAGAAUUUCCGAUAUGCAUGCUGGGAAACAGGACCUUAGUCAGAGACCGUUUUGAUGUCUGUGGAAAAACAGUGGUUGAAGGAAACACAACCAUUCCCAGUAAGCUGUGGGAAAAUUUCUGCAACAUUAGCAGCCAGCAGUGUGACAAGUACUUCACACAGAACAACGUAACAGAGAUCCAGGGCAUCCCCGGCCUGGCCAGUGGGAUAAUCAGAGAGAACAUGUGGGGUGCCUACCUGGAGAAAGGCGAGAUCCUGGAGAAGGAAAGCUUACCUUCUGUGGAUGUUCAUGGUGCUCUGGAGAAUUUGUAUCUAUAUGUGUCAGCUGACAUCACCACCUCCUUCACUGUUCUUGUUGGGAUCUUCUUCCCCUCUGCAACAGGCAUCAUGGCAGGUUCUAACAGAUCUGGAGACCUCAAAGAUGCCCAGAAGUCAAUUCCUGUUGGGACUAUUUUGGCAAUAACAACAACUUCCUUAGUCUAUUUUAGUUCAGUGGUGCUGUUUGGAGCAUGUAUUGAAGGGGUUGUACUGAGAGACAAGUUUGGGGAUGCAGUGAGUAAGAACCUUGUGGUGGGGACGUUGUCCUGGCCAUCCCCCUGGGUCAUUGUCAUCGGGUCGUUCUUUUCCACCGUGGGGGCAGGGCUGCAGUCCUUGACUGGGGCCCCUCGCCUCCUGCAGGCUAUUGCCAAGGACAACAUCAUCCCCUUCCUCAGGGUCUUUGGGCACGGCAAGGCCAAUGGGGAGCCUACAUGGGCACUGCUGCUGACUGCUCUGAUCGCAGAGCUUGGCAUCCUCAUCGCCUCGCUGGACAUGGUGGCCCCCAUUCUGUCCAUGUUUUUCCUCAUGUGUUAUCUGUUUGUGAACCUUGCCUGUGCUGUGCAGACGCUUCUCCGUACUCCAAACUGGAGGCCCCGCUUCAAAUACUAUCACUGGGCCCUGUCCUUCCUGGGUAUGAGUAUGUGCUUGGCGCUGAUGUUCAUCUCCUCAUGGUACUAUGCCAUUGUGGCCAUGGGCAUUGCAGGCAUGAUCUACAAGUACAUUGAAUACCAGGGAGCGGAGAAGGAGUGGGGAGAUGGAAUUCGAGGGUUGUCCCUGAGUGCGGCCCGUUAUGCACUCCUCCGACUGGAGGCUGGACCACCCCACACCAAAAAUUGGAGACCACAGUUGCUGGUGCUGCUGAAGCUUGAUGAAGACUUGCAUGUAAAAUACCCCCGGCUGCUCACAUUCGCCUCCCAGCUGAAGGCUGGCAAAGGCCUGACCAUUGUGGGCUCUGUUAUCCAAGGCAAUUACCUGGACAGCUUUGGGGAGACCCAAGCCUCAGAGCAGGCAAUCAAGAACAUGAUGGAAAUAGAGAAGGUGAAAGGCUUCUGCCAGGUGGUGGUUGCCACCAAGGUGCGAGAAGGCAUCGCCCAUCUCAUUCAGUCCUGUGGCCUGGGGGGCAUGAAGCACAACACUGUGGUCAUGGGCUGGCCAUAUGGCUGGAGACAGAGCGAGGACCCUCGAGCCUGGAAGACCUUCAUCAACACAGUUCGGUGCACCACUGCCGCCCACCUGGCCCUGAUGGUGCCCAAGAAUGUGUCCUUCUACCCAAGUAACCAUGAGCGCUUCACCGAUGGCCACAUCGACGUGUGGUGGAUUGUGCACGAUGGUGGCAUGCUCAUGCUCUUGCCUUUCCUCCUCAAGCAGCAUAAGGUUUGGAGGAAGUGCAAGAUGCGUAUCUUCACUGUGGCCCAGAUGGAUGACAACAGCAUUCAGAUGAAGAAAGAUCUUGCCACGUUCCUGUACCAGCUUCGAAUAGAGGCUGAGGUGGAGGUGGUGGAGAUGCAUGAUAGCGAUAUCUCGGCCUACACGUAUGAGCGAACCCUAAUGAUGGAGCAGAGAUCACAGAUGCUGAGGCAGAUGAGGCUGUCCAGUGCAGAGAGAGACAGAGAGGCUCAGCUGGUGAAGGACAGGCACUCUAUGAUCCGUAUGGGAAGUCUUUACUCUGAUGAAGAGGAGGAAGUGAUGGAGCCAGUGUCGGAGAAGAUCCAGAUGACUUGGACCAAGGACAAGUAUGACGCAGAGAGGAGAAACCGCAACAAUGCCCCAGAAAACUUCAGAGAGCUCAUCAGCAUCAAACCGGACCAGUCCAAUGUGCGACGGAUGCACACAGCAGUGAAGCUGAACGAGGUGAUCGUCAACAGGUCCCACGAUGCCAGGCUGGUGCUCCUAAACAUGCCUGGCCCCCCCAGGAACUCAGAAGGAGACGAGAAUUACAUGGAGUUCCUGGAAGUCCUGACAGAGGGGCUGGAGAGAGUACUGCUGGUAAGAGGAGGCGGCAGAGAGGUCAUCACUAUUUAUUCCUGACUGAACAGCUGCCGCAUAAGAGACAGACAGACAAGACAACGCCCAGACAAGACAACGUCACUCGGCACUGGACUAUCGACUCCUCUGCCAAAAAAGGCAGCACCAGAACCCGCUCUUUAAGUACACAGAAACUUUACUUUGGAUCAUUUAAAUCACCAGUUAUAAAGACGUUUUUGAAGGACCACCACAGAGUAGAAUGUUUCGCAACAGACUUCUGCUAAACACAUUGCCUUCCUCCAUGAAACAUAUCUUUAAAAUGAAAGAACACCAUGUACUUCAGUCAUUAAAAAGAGAACUGAGGCAAUUUUUGGUCCAGCUCCAAAGCUCUCCAAGCAAUAGGUGACCUUAUUGUAUAAAUACUUGUAUAUGUAUAAAUAUACACACAUAUACAUACAAUACAGACAGGUUUAUACGCUGAGUCCUUUAAUUUUUUUUAUUCAGCUAACAAGCAUAAACUGAUAUUUGACUGAAAAUAUUUAUCAGCAUGAAACGUAGCAAGGCACUUGGAGUACUAAGAGAGUCCCCUAUUAGCAAACAAAUUAUAGCAAUGAAAAAUGACUUUUGGAUGGCCUGAACCAUAUAACAAGGACAUGCUCUGCAUAGGUGCCAAUCUCUGUUUUGUUUGUGCUUGUUUUCAAUGAGGGGAAGACAAAAGUUCCUAUUUAUUUUCUUAUUUAUUUGCUCAACCCUCCCAAUGAGGAUACUGUACAAGAUUAUUAGAUUAUAAAUAAGGAACACAAAUUCUGUGGAAUAUCAGUGCUUAUAUCACAGAUGAUGAGUUGCACAUGAAUGUUGGCAAAAUAUGCAGGCAGCUAAACUGACAAAAGAUUCAACGGCUAAGUCAUUUGUGCUUCCGUGUAGUGUAAUUACUUUUAUUUCUGAUUAAGAAGAGUUUUUAAACUUGUAAAAGAUGCCACUGCUCGCUGCUAAUAUUUAUUUGUGCUAACACUGUUCCAACUAUGAAAAGCACAAAGGCUAUUUUCACCAGCAAGAGCAAAAAAACCACACACUGCAUUAUUGUAUUGAAAUGCUGAACUGUUAAAAAGAACAUUUCCAUUAAAUCAAAAACCUAUGAAUUAAGGACACAAAUACUGCCAUGAUAAAAUGACAUUGUACCACACAACAAGAUCGGGUUUAUUGUUUUCUUUAAAAUUUAUUAUAAUCAUUUCAUGCUUUCUGUGUGAAAAUGUCUGUAAAAUACAGUGAAUGUACAAGGCAUGAAUGACAGAUAAAAAUGUAGUUUCACUGGCUGUAUGAUAUGGCAAGUACAACCAACUGAAAUACAUCAAGAAAGGACAGCACAGCAAGGUUUUUUUUAACUGUAAAAUCCACUAAAUUGCUUAAGAGUGUUGUAACAAAUAAGAUGUAAUUAGACUUCAUUUUAUAAAAAUUGAUAGAGUAAAAAUGUGUCAUUUAUAUAUGAAUCUAUAUGAAUUUUUUUCCCUAACUCCACAUGUUCUUGUGUUUCUUGGUUUUCCUGCAUGCAUUGAAAUAUGUUUUUAAUGCACUCAAUUACAUAUUUUUUAAUACUGGAUAUAUUCUUAAUA